UUUUUUCCUGCAUUUUAAUCUAAAAAAUCAAAACAAUCAACAUGCCUUGCCCCUGUGGAACUGGUUGCAAAUGCGCUUCUCAAACCCAAUCUACCGGUAGCUGCGGUUGCGGUUCAUCCUGCAAAUGCGGCAGCAGCUGUGACAAGGGUAGCUGCGGCAAGUAAA